GUCCGUUGUCCUCAUGUGCUCGUUGGGUUGAAAGAGUAGCUUCUCUCUCUUAGCCAAUUUCAUUGUUAACCGGGCUCCAGUCUGAAGCUACUUCCUCUGUCCAGCUAAGAAAGAGAUGCUUUCGUUCUAAUGGCUACAUUUCACCCGAGCAAAACUGAGAUGGAUGGGGAUAGAAUUAGCCAACUUCCCGCAGAUGUAAAGGACUUGAUUAUGGAGUGUUUGGACACUCGUGAUGCUGCCAGAGUAGCUGUGCUCUCAACUCAAUGGAAGGAUGUUUGGUUGAGACAUGGCCGGCUUGUCUUCAAUUACCGCUACUUUCGACGUAGACGUAAACCCUCGACUUUCAUCAACAUGGUAACGAACAUUCUUAUGCUUCGUUCAGCACCUGUUAAGAAAUUUGAGUUUUUGUAUGCUGCUGUGGAUGUUAGGGAUCGUUGGUGUAAGCCAAAGCAGUCUGAUGUAGAUCAAUGGUGUCUUUUCUUAUCAAGAAAUGGAAUUGAGCAACUUAGCAUAUGUGUUACGAAUUUGACUGAAGAAGGGUGUUAUAACCUGCCACAUUGUAUAAUCUCAUGUUCCACACUUAAGCGACUGAAACUAGCUGGUUUUCUUUUAGACUACCCUGUUACUGCUGGACUCAGUAGUAUAUUUACUCAUGUCACAUCUCUAGUUUUUGUGGGUGUUGUCUUUAUCCAUACUGUCAAUGGAAGUACUAUAACCAUUGUUCCUAAUCUUGAGGAGCUGGUCUUCCAGGCGUGUCAAGGGAUCCAUAAUUUUGUGAUCAGUGCUCCUAAACUUAAAAGCUUGACUGUUUCCUUCUCUAGGCACAUUGCUGAAUGGAAAUGGUUUCAACUUCAUUUUCCAGUAACUAAGAGUCUUUCCCUGUCUGUAGAUGUACUUUCAGUGAGUAUAUUUUCUUUCAUAAAAUGCUUCAUCAUUUCUAAUCUUUUAUUGUGAAUAGCAUUGACCCACCUUCUUCUUUUAAGCUUCGGUCUUGCUAGAGUUAUUGCUCAAAGGCUAACCUUUAACAAAACUGUAAUAAAGGACAUAUGUGAUGCUGCAUUGAAUCUGCCAGAGAUGAUCCCAACUGCAAUAAAUCUACAAGCGAUGAAGCUGGAUGAUUUCAGUUUUGGUUCUGCCCAGCACUUUUUCAUUGCCAGUGAAAUGAUUAAAAAAUGUCCCAAGCUAUGCAAACUGGAAAUCAUCUCAAAUCUGGCAUGUUGGAUAGAUGACGGUGCAAGUCUGUGGGAGGAUCCCGUAGAUGGUGGCUUUAUUAUUGAUCAUGAUCUGGACAUGCUUAAAAAAGUUAGCAUAGAUUCAUUUUUUGGAUAUAAACGGGAAGAGAUCUUUGUGAAAGCAAUCCUUUCAAAGUCACCUGUGCUUGAGGAACUUGUUAUCCGGCAAUCAGCCAAAAGAGGUGACUCAGUGGCUUCCGAAUUCAAAAAUGAGAUGCACUGCUUCCCUCGCGCUUCUUCAAAAGUGUGCAUUGUCAUUAAUUAUAUGUAAUGCCUCAUUAGCGUAAAAUGAGCAUUGCUCAAAUAUACAUACUAGUACAUGUUUUUUAAACUACGAGCAGCACCCAGUGGCAGAAUGAACAUCUAACUUUUUUUAAAAACACAC